GUCAAAAUAGAUUUGUUAUACAAUGUAAUGUCUGGGAAUAUUUUUGAGACAAUGCCAUGAAUGAAACAGGAUCUAAGAGCCAUUAUCAUACACAUUUAAGGCUUCAGAUAUUUAACCUGGACCAGUGCCACGCGGGGCGUCAGAAACCUUCCUGUUUUGUAUGAUUUAAAAAUCUAAUAACACCUCCUUAGAAUGCAUCCAUUUACUUAAGAAGAUAUUAGGAGACAUCAGCUUCUCCAAAAAUCCUAAUUCAAAUAUCACGCAGGAAUAGAGGGGAUUUACUAAGAAAGAUGACAGUUGUUUUGGUUCUUCUCCUUCUACCAACUGUUUGGGGUAAGUGAAGCUGAUGAAAAUUGGGAUACAAAGUUUAUAGUUUUCAACUAGUAUAUUUUAUUUUUAUGUUAGUUAUAUUAUAUACAUAUUUAGUGCAAACGUUAGCGAUAUAAUGCACUAUAAGGGAGGAUUCACCCAGUGGAUUCACAUAUCAAUACAGAAUUUCAUGUAACGUUGUAGAGAAUUCUCUCAUAGAUGAGAGGAAAAUGAAAUAAAAAAAACUGUUAUCUUUUGAAAAAAAUACUCUUCUUCUUGAGUUGCCUGUAGUUUAAAAAGCAUGAAAGAUCCCAAAUAAAUCAAAUGUUGCUUCUAAGCAAUAUUUUAGGUGUCUAAAUCUCCAAUCAUUCCAGAUUAAAACUGCCAUCUCCUUAUAGAAUUUAUAUUUUUUUUAAAUACAGCCCUUGUCUUCCUAAUUGCAAAUAAUGCUAUGCAAUAUGUUUUGCUAAAUAUAUAUAUAUGCAUAGAGAGAGAGAGAGAGAGAGAGAGAGAGGUAUUUUUCUGAGCCCCUAUAUAUGUAUUAACCAUUAACAUGGAACACAUGGGCUGGGUGGCAGCAUUGUAACAUAGCUGUGUGAUACAAAAGUGAAUGCAAAUACACAACAACAAGUCCUGCGCUCAAACUCCCACUACUCCUGGGCGGCAGCAAUGACCAUAGUACACAUCAGCCCCAUUACAUACAAUAAAAACCAAAGAAAAAAAGGAGUUACCUGCGCUCUUCCCAAAUCCCUAUCCAGGGCAGAUCCAGAGGCUAAUCUCGGGAGGGGCAAUCAUAGAUAAUUUUAAAGAAAGAAACAAGGCACAAUAACAGCUCUUGGUAGUGGUCAUGGUGCCAGGAGUGCCGUGGCGCCUCUUCCAGAGUAAGUAGUUUAGGAACAGUUUGACAAUUUACCUGGGAUCUGCCAGGCCAGGGGCUGUAGUAGGGAAUAAGGACAAUAGUAAUGUGUGUGUGUUGGUGGUACAGUGUGUGUGUGUGUGUGUGCGGGGUGCAGUACGAUCCCCCACUGUCUCAUUCCCCCAACCCCCAUGUGCUCAUUUCCUCUCCCCAGUCCUGCCAUGUGUCUCAUUUUCCCAGCCCCCCCCCCCAAGUGUCUCAUUCCCACAGCCCCCAUGUGUCUCAUUCUCCCACCUGCCUCGUGUAUCUCAACCCCCAGUUCCCAAUGUGUCUCAAUCCCCCAGCCUCCCAUGUGUCUCAUUCCCUUAGCCCCCCAGGUGUCUUAUUUCCUCACUUUUAGUGUAAUUUUAGUUGACUAUAUCUCCAACAUUUUAGUCAAUUAAAUCUGAUGAGAAUUGUUCAUUGACGAAUUUAACACUGGUGGCUAGAACAUACAGAGGGCAGCAAAAAAGACCACCAGUGACGCGUUUCAUGCCUCAUUCUCUGUUGAAGUUCCGGUAGGCACAAAAUGCGUCAGUGGUGGUCCUUCAAAAAGUACAGAUUGAACAGGCAAUUCAUUUGUUUUGUUUGUGUUGUUGUUUUUAAUUUUGUUUUAUUGAGUAAUACUAAAGAGUUAAGUAAAGUACACUGAAAUUUAGUCAAUUUGUACUAAAGCAGAAUCUUAAAAUGUAGAUCAAUGCUCAAAAAUAAUAUAUCCAACUCUCUCUCUCUCCCAAUAAAUACACAAACAAGGUAUAUUUUCUAAAGAAGUUAGACAGGAAUUUUAAAGAAAAUAGCUAUUGUGGAAAGAUUAUUUUAACGCAAAACAUGUAAACCCUUGGUAAUUCCUAUAUACUGCAGAAUCGUCAGGAGGCCGGCCCAGCCAUGGAGAUCUCAGAGGGACUAACCUAAAGGGACACUAUAGUCACCAGAACAACUACAGCUUAUUGAAUUUGUUCUGGUGAGUAGAAUCAUUACCUUCAGGCUUUUUGCUGUAAACACUAUCUUUUCAGAGAAAAUGCAGUAUUUACAUUACAUAACUUCACUGGCCACUCCUCAGAUGGCUGCUAGAGAUCCUUUGUGGGUCAUUGCUGCCUAAAAAGCAUCCAAACAUUCAGUGUAUCCUCCCUCUGCAUGCAGACAUUGAACUUUCCUCAUAGAGGUUCAUUGAUUCAAUUAAUCUCUAUGAGGAGAUGCUGAUUGGCCAGGGCUGUGUUUGAAUCAUGCUGGCUCUGCCCCUGAUCUGCCUCCUUGUCAGCCUCAGCCAAUCCUAUGGGGAAGCACUGUGAUUGGAUCAGGCCACUACUUCUGAUGAUGUCAUCAGGCAGUGGGCAGGUCUAAAGGAAACAGAGCCAGAGCUAGCAGCUCCAGACUUGAAUACAAGUAAGAUUUUGCUAUGUGUAUGGAGGCAUGAGGGGAUCAGGGAGGCUAGAUGGUGGUUUUAAUCCCAUAGGGUCAGGAAUAUAUGGUUGUGUUCCUGACCCUAUAGUGCUCCUUUAAACAAAAAGCAAACCUUCCUGACUGUCUGACAGCCAGGGGGGUGUUUUGUUAAAUAAUUAUUAGGAGCCGUUGAAAUGGGAUACUCCAUACCCAUUGAUUGUGGUAUUGUGUAUGAUACAUAUGAAUGUGGGCUGUGUAUGGGGGCAGCUUGUGGAAUUGUGUGUGUGUGGAUGGAUUUGUCACAUUGUGUGUUUGGUAGUGUGUGGGGGCUGUUUGGGGUGUAGCAUAUGAGAGGCUGCAUGUGGGGGUUGUGUGCAUGUAUGUGGAUUGUUAGUGGUGAUGCGUUUGUGUGGAUUGUGUGUAUGUUUGUGUGUGGGCUGUCCGUAUUAUUUUUAUGAGGGGAGGGUCUUUCUACAUUUCUGUGUAUAUCUAGCAGUGUGGGUGGCUUCCCUGGGUUCCAGUGGGGAACAGGCCGGCCAGGUACAGGUCAAGGACAGGAGCUGCAACAACAACUGCGAGCUGCUCUACUACUGUGUGGAUUCCCAUUCACAAGUGCUGGAAUGAAAUCCUCUGAGAUCACUUCCUCUACGUGCUUCAAUGCAUACAUUAAGGAUUGUCCUUCACCACCUCUUCGUAUUAGCAGAUAUCUGAAGUUUUACUGGGACUCCUGAUAGGCCAGAGCCUGUUUGGCUCUAGCAGCCUUGAGUGCCGUGCAUGGCACUAGUGCCGUAGGUUGCCUACCCCUGAUCUAAGAUAUGUUACUGCUCUUGUGGUAGGGAACAUACUGGCAGCAUUCCAACUCAGGCAGUGCUAGUUGUGCUAAUGAUUCCAUACUAGCGUUUGUUUCUUGCAGUACACAGCAUGCAUUACAAACAUGUACAAAUACUUUUAUUAUAAAUAAAAUACUAAAAUGUGUAUAUUUUCAUAUAAUCAAUUAAAACAUGGUGUUGUCCUUGUGUUUUUCAAAUGAAAUGUCCUUUCAUGUUUGGCCCACAGGUAACAUCCCAAAUGAAGCGGCCCAUCCCAUAACUGGAGUCCUCGGAGGCUGUGUCUCUUUCCCAGUUCUUAUUGAAGAAGGUAGAAAAGUGAACAGUAUCUUCUGGGAAAAUAAUUCUACAAAAAAAACCAUGGCCGUUGCAAUGCCCAGUAAAACACUUGAUGUUAAAAAUGAGCGUUUCCAAGGCCGGCUAAAGGCUAAGGACUCGGGGUCUGGGUACUCACUAGAAUUGUGUAAUUUGGAGAGCGAAGAUACUGGAACUUACAAAGCCACGUUAUUCACAAAUUCUAAAACAAAGUAUCUAUUUUUCAAACUUGAAGUAAAUGGUGAGUUCAGCGCUAUACAGUUAACUUCUAAAAUGAGAGGCAAAAAACACAAUUACAUUUCUUUAUUUAUACAGAGAUUUAGAAUUACAUGUUUUAUUUUUACAUUUUUAUUUUUUUUUAAAUGAGUUUGUAGGUGAAAACCCCUUUGUCAUGUGCGCACUGUAUAUGUGUUUUACAGAUUACACCUAAACAGAAACUAACAGGGUUAAUCACUAAAGUGAGAAUUCACAGUGAUUUCAAAGGGAAUUUAAAACUUAAAGGGACACUCCACUGCCCAAAUACGAAAUUAAUAAAAAAUCACUGUUUAGUAGAUAUACCCCAAUUGAAAACUUGCAUGUAUUUAAUUAUAUAUUUUUUCAUUGAAGCUAUAUCUAAAAACAGCUUGCAAAACCUGCAGUUCUCCUGUCUGCUGCCUUUGCAAACCCUCCCCAUCUAACUCCGCCCAGACUUUCUGUGGCUGUCCAAUCACAGACUUCCCAAUGCAGCCCAAUGAGAAGUCUUUAUAAGGCAGGUGCUCUGGUCAGUUGUUGCCUCUUGAGUACAGUGCAACUAAGCUAACCAAACCAGGAAGUAACAAGGCAAGUUGUCUGCUUAAAAGGCCAGAGGGGUGUAACCAGUAUAAUUUAUAAAAGUGUCAAUUUCUAUUAAAAUCUGCACUAUCUCCAAAAGGAAACAUAUAGGACACACUCUCCACACAUAAAGCUUUUCAGCAAGCGAAAGUGCUCUAGGGGUCUGGAGUGUUCCUCUAAGGUCAAAAUAUCUGACAUGGAAAAAUCCUCUAGUCUGCUAUGCUUCCUUUUCAGAUAAUUUAACCUUACAUUUAAAAUUCUCUUUAAAUUCACUUUAAAUUCUCACUAUAGUGAAUAACCCUGUAAGUAAUGUAAAGAGAAAUUGAUUAAAAGAAAAACUGUCACUUCUCUGGAAUUCAUACCAUUGAAUAAAACAUUGACAAUUGUCUAUAACUUGUGUUUAUCUUUUUUUCUUGAGAUACUCCAUUUACUUUUAAAUGGAUAUUAAAGAUUUAGCAAAGGACAUCAUAAUCCUGAUCAGACAAGGCACAGCCAGGGCACACAAUGAAAACGAAACAUUGUUUCAUUUCUUCUACUCUCUGUCUGCUCUCUUUAUACAGAAUCCCAGGUGCAAAGGGCGGAGCUUGUAGCAAUGUUUGACAGGGAGCUAAGAUGGAGGCGCCCAGUUCCUGAAUAAAUAACUGUACAUUUUUACAUUUAAUGUUAUUUUUAUACAUUUAAAGUUGUUUUUCACACUUCACAAACACAUACUUGUUAAACAUAGGAAUAAGUACAUGUAUUAUUAGAAUUCUUGCUAAGUGACAGCUCCCUUUUAAAUAUUGUUUCUUUUUCUUAGUUUUUCAAUGCACCACAAUGUUCAUCUGUUGUAACAUGUAUUCCUAGUAUUUCAGUCCAAAUUUAGACUUCGGACCCCGCUGCUGAGCUGUAAAAAAUAGUGGACAUUUUUUUCUACUUACCUUUUUAUCUCACACAAGACUCACUCGGUGCUAUGGAAUAAUUGUAUUAAUAUUAUUUAUAAUGCUUGCCAGCAAUAGUAAAGUUUGGUUCUAUGAUUUGAUUUGCAGGUAACAGCAGAGCUGACAGAACUGACUGGACAUCCAGAAAUAUCCUCUUGGUUACCAGUUUGGUCGUAUAUGGCAUUUUCCUUGCUGACAAAAUAUAGGUUUUUGGUAUAUUCACACAGAGAAGCAGGUUAUUCCACGGAGCCUGUAAAUCUAGAAUAUAUAUGUUUUCUAAUGUGGAAGACAAAUGAUCUGCUCCCAAAUGCUUUCUGAGUGUAUUCAUCCUGUGUGCUGAUUAAAGGAGCCAAUUAAAAAAAAAACUAAAAACAAAA